AAAUCCUUAAUAAACUUGUUGAAAUUCCCCGGUUCUGAUAAUUACAGGUAUCCUAUGCCUCCCUCGAAGAAAAGCAAAGGUAAAAGCAAGUCAGGCGAGUUAACUCAGCCGGCUGUUUCAACUCCCAAAAUUCCGGCGUGCAUCCGCGCCAUUCCUCCGUCGUCCGUCGCCAUCACGAUCCACGCGAAGCCAGGGUCCAAAAUCGCCACCGUCACUGACUUGGAUGACGAUGCAGUUGGUGUUCAAAUAGACGCACCUGCUAAAGAUGGUGAAGCUAAUGCUGCCCUAAUCGAUUAUAUAAGCUCCGUUGUUGGGGUCAAAAGAAGACAAGUUUCUAUAGGUUCUGGUUCGAAAUCCAGGGAUAAGGUCCUCAUUGUGGAGGAUGUUACUUUACAGGGAGUUUUUGAUGCUCUCGCCAAAGUUUUGAAAGAUUAGUAACAGACCAAUGGUAUCUUCACGUGGUAUUGACGCUGAUCAAAGGAAAAGAAUUUACAGGGGAGAGCUCGAGAUUCCUGACUCUGAUCGUGUAAAUAGGUGCCUAAAUGUGCAAGUACAUUUUAUUACCUACUACUAUUUUGUGUUGGUCUGUAGUGCUGUGAAUUUCAACUGAUGUUGCCAGAUUCGGCUUCUCCAUCUUUGCAUUUAAAAAGUUCAUGUCAUUUGCUGGA